AGCUAUUUCUGAAGAGAAACAAUGGUAAUCCAGAAUUUCUGCUUAGAAUGUUAGCUUUGUUUGCAAUGACUGCUUCUCCUUCCAGUUGAUCCCCUUCGUAGUUGCAGCCACCAUCAAGUGGAAUUAGCGACACAAAACAACACCAACAGGGCCUGAGCUGCAGCCAGCCUCAUGACGAUCAGCCCUCCACGCUGGAAGGGGAAUGCCAACACUCUUCCGUUGAGCCCUGCCAGGGAGACAGCCAUGCUGGUGACACCUGGACUGCAGGUAGCCAAGAAGAGGCAAGUCCUAUGUCAGUACACCCAGGGAAGCAUUCCCAUAAGAACUGUUGGGGUCCCCUUCACUGUGUAUCCACAGCAGGGCAACAUUUGUGACACUGCACUCCAAUUCUUUUGGCAAGUCUGUUUUUGCCUCUGGACACUCCUCCUUAUACCUGCCUUCGCUGACUGCUGUGAGGGAUCCUCUGGAGGACAGCAGCUGCCCACUAGUUCAACUGAUCAGCAACCCGCUGCUGACCACAGGAUCGUGGAAAGGAUUGUCGACAAAAGGAAAAACAAGAAGGGGAAGACGGAGUACCUGGUCCGCUGGAAAGGCUACGACAGCGAGGAUGACACGUGGGAGCCCGAGCAGCACCUGGUGAACUGCGAGGAGUACAUCCACGACUUCAACAGGCGCCACUCGGAGAGGCAGAAGGACGGCACGCUCGCCCGGGCCAGCCGGACCUCCCCCAGCAAUGCCCGGAAGCAGAUCUCCAGGUCUACCAACAGCAGCUUCUCCAAGACCUCUCCUAAGGCCCUGGUGAGCGGCAAGGAGCCCGAGGCCAAGAACAGCCAGCUCUUUGCUGCCAGCCAGAAGUUCAGGAAGAACUCGGGCCCGGCACUGGCCGGCCGGAAGAACAUGGACCUGGCCAAGUCAGGCAUCAAGAUCCUUGUGCCUAAGAGCCCCAUUAAGAGCAGGACCGCAGUGGACGGCUUUCCAAGUGAGAGCCCCGAGAAGCUGGAGCCCGCCGAGCAGGGUCCCGAGGACACAGUGGCGCCGGAGGUGGCCGCAGAGAAGCCUGUCGGAGCCCUCCUGAGUCCUGGUGCGGAGCGAGCCCGCAUGGGAAGCAGGCCCCGAAUACACUCACUAGUGCCUCAGGUGUCUGCUCCUGUGACCACAGCCAUGGCCACGAGCUUAACCGUAAAUGGAAAAGGUCCCUCUCCAUUCAUGGAUGUGUUGACAGCCAAUGGGACGGCCAACAUACAGACAUCCGUGACAGGAGUGACCGCUGGGAAAAGGAAAUUUCUGGAUGAGAGGAGAGAUCAGCCUUUCGACAAGCGGCUGCGUUUCAGCGUGCGGCAGACGGAGAGCGCCUACCGGUACAGAGACAUCGUCGUCAGAAAGCAGGACGGCUUCACCCACAUCCUGCUCUCCACGAAAUCCUCUGAGAACAACUCACUCAACCCAGAGGUGAUGAAGGAGGUCCAGAGUGCCCUGGGCACGGCCGCUGCCGACGACAGCAAGCUGGUGCUGCUCAGCGCCGUGGGCAGCGUCUUCUGCUGUGGCCUCGACUUCAUUUAUUUUAUCCGACGCCUGACAGAUGACCGAAAACGAGAAAGCACUAAGAUGGCGGAAGCCAUCAGGAACUUUGUGAACACAUUCAUUCAGUUCAAGAAGCCAAUCAUUGUAGCAGUGAAUGGCCCGGCCAUUGGGCUGGGCGCCUCCAUCCUGCCCCUCUGCGACGUGGUAUGGGCCAACGAGAAGGCCUGGUUCCAGACCCCCUACACCACCUUCGGGCAGAGCCCCGACGGCUGCUCCACCGUCAUGUUCCCCAAGAUCAUGGGCGGCGCAUCCGCCAGUGAGAUGCUGCUCAGUGGGCGGAAGCUGACCGCGCAGGAGGCGUGCGGCAAAGGCCUGGUCUCACAGGUGUUUUGGCCGGGGACCUUCACCCAGGAAGUCAUGGUUCGAAUUAAGGAGCUUGCCUCGUGCAAUCCAGUUGUGCUGGAGGAGUCCAAGGCACUGGUGCGCUGUAACAUGAAGGUGGAGCUGGAGCAGGCCAACGAGCGGGAGUGCGAGGUGCUGCGCAGGAUCUGGGGCUCGGCCCAGGGCAUGGACUCCAUGUUGAAGUACCUGCAGAGGAAGAUCGAUGAGUUCUGACGGGCGCCCCGGCCCUCCUGCCCCGGCGCCUGCUCUGGAAACAGGCUGGAAGACGUCCGAGCUAUUUAUUAUCGAGGAGUUUUUAAAGUACUGUAACUUGAAAAUAAAUAACUACAAAGUC